AUUAAUUAAUUAAAAUAAUAAAAUUUAAAAAAAUGCGCGUACUAAUUUUUCAUUGAUCUAAAUACGCAUUUUUAAAUUUUUAUUCUACUGACGUUUUAUUUAUUUACUCAAAAAUUUUGAAAUUCCCACCUGUCAGUUACAUUCACACUCAUAGAAUCCUCUCCAUAAUUCAUACGACAAUGUCCUCAGUGUUAACUGAUGUUUAUUUAGUAGAACCUAACCUAAUCUAACCUCUGAUAAUUCAAUAAUAAAAAUAUUUAUUUAAAAAAUACAAAUAUUUAUAAUUUUGAAUAAAAUUACAAAGAUGAGAACAAAAUGUUCAUUGAUAAAUUGUCCAUCUAGAAAAAUACGUCGAGAAGUUAUAACAACAGAAUCUGGUCGUUCUUCGAGAUUAUUUUCAUUAUUUUCAGUUCCUACAAAGGAUUUAAAAUUACGAGAUGAAUGGAGCAAAAUAAUGAACUAUGAAUUUAAAGAUCGAGAUGUUUUAUGUGAAUUUCAUUUUCCUGAAGAAUUUAUAAAUCGUGACUGUGUUAUAAAAUUACCCGAUGGAAUACAUAGGAUUCAACAUCAUAAGGUAUCACUAAAACGUGGAGCAAUGCCAGUAAAUAAAAAAAUAGUUUUUCAAAAAGCUGUAUUCUGUAAACCUGAAGAAAUUUUAAAUUCAAAUAACAACUUGUCACGUUUUAAAAACUCUGAUAAUCUACAAAAAAAUAAUUCAACAAAUAAAGAAAAUUCAUCUACACAAUUGCAAUUUAAUAAUGAUCAUAUAUACGCACAAAAACCACCAAAUGAAUCACCCACUGAAUUAAUUGAAUUUUCGAAUCCAGUAAAUAAUUCAACGAGCAAAGAAUCAGGCCCCGAGUUACUGGAACCCGAAGUAGAAAUCGAAAAUUUCAAUCCUAAUUUAAAUAAAUUUAUUGAAGUUGAAUUACCAAACUCAUGGAGGUGGACUAAAGUUAAUGAUGAUGUCCUGAUAGCUGCUAGUUAUGAUCCAAUCAGUUUUAUACAAAGAAAAUCGAUGGUUAUCAGGAAAAAUUUAGUUGAAAAUAAAUUAAGCGUACAGGCAAUUAUUGAUGGACAUACUGUUGAUGUACCAGAGUUAAAAAGUGUUGAGACAAUUGAAGAUGUUAUUAGUAAUGUAAAUAUGUUACAGACAUUAUUAGUUUGUAGUGGAGUUUCGGAAACAGUGGGACGGCCCAAAGACUGUAUCAGAUAUGUAAAACAAAAACCCUAUGGUAAUAUAUACGGGCGCACGAGAUGUAAAAAUUGCGAUGAUUUAAGAAAAAAAACCUCGAGAAGUCAAAGGGUUUCAAAGAAAAAAAAUGGAAAGAUAAAAGAAUUAAAACAAACUAUUAAAACUAUGGAGCUGGAAAAUCUUAAACUCCAGGGAGCCGUAAAUAAAUUGGAAGCUAAAUUAAAUUAUUACAGCAAACAAUCAAAUGUAUAAAGUUUUACCUAAUUAAUAUUAAAAAUAAAUUAUUUUUAUUUUAUUUAUAAUGUAAGUGUCUUAUUUGU